UACUUCUCACACUCCCUUCGGACUGAGUUCUCUUUCACUUUCUCUCAAACUUUGCUUUUUUGCAGUAUCAGCAGUGUCUUCUACCUUUGUCUUCUUCUCCUUUAAAUUCAUUGUCCUUGAGCAAAUAACUAGAGUAACGGAGCCAAUACUACACUACCAGCACCUGUCUGGCUAUCUCCUCCAGCCGUCAUGAUGGACACAGCCGAAUCAUGUGUUCCUCCAGGAUUUCGGUUUCAUCCAACCGAUGAAGAGCUCGUUGGUUACUACCUCAGGAAGAAGGUUGCAUCACAGAAGAUAGAUCUUGAUGUUAUAAGAGAUAUUGAUCUAUAUAGGAUUGAACCAUGGGAUCUACAAGAUAAAUGCCGGAUCGGAUAUGAAGAACAGAAUGAGUGGUAUUUUUUCAGUCACAAAGAUAAGAAAUAUCCGACGGGGACAAGGACUAACAGGGCCACCAUUGCCGGGUUCUGGAAAGCAACAGGGAGGGAUAAAUCCGUUUAUGAUAAAUCAAAACUCAUUGGCAUGAGGAAAACCCUUGUCUUCUACAAAGGGAGGGCACCAAAUGGGCAAAAAUCCGAUUGGAUCAUGCAUGAAUAUCGGCUGGAAUCUGAAGAGAAUGGUCCUCCUCAGGAAGAAGGAUGGGUGGUAUGCCGAGCAUUCAAGAAGAGAACCACCAGUGGGCAGACAAAAAGCAUUGAAGCGUGGGACUCAAGUUAUUUCUACGAUGAACCAAGUGGAGUUAGCUCCGUUGUGGAUCCUCUUGAUUAUAUUACAAGGCAGCCAGCAAAUAAUUAUCUUUCCCAAAAUUUCAUCUGCAAGCAAGAGAUAGAAGCAGAAAACUUGAAUAAUUUCUUGAACACCACUGACCCCUUUGUACAGCUUCCUCAGCUGGAGAGCCCAUCCAUGCCACAACUAAAAAAGCCAAGCUCAAUAUCUUUAGUAUCAGAGAACACUGAAGAUGACGAACAACCUUUAAGGGGUUGCAGCAGCAGCAAGAAAGUGACGGAUUGGAGAGCCCUGGACAAGUUUGUAGCCUCUCAGCUGAGCCAUGAUCAGGAGAGGUACGAGGGGGAUAUAGUGUCCGCAGGAUUUGAAGGCCAUGAGAGUUCAGAUUUGGGAUUGCUGCUACUGCAGAGUGGUAGGGAAGAAGGGUCUUCUAAGUUAAAUGGAUUUUUUAGCUCCAGCUCAGAUUGUGAUAUUGGAAUCUGCGUUUUCGAUAAAUGAAGAAUUUAUCUAAUUAAUUAGUGGUCUUUUUUUUUUUUUGUUAGUAUUACGUCAUGAUUUCCAAAUAUUCUAAAAUAUUAUCCUGUAAACAUAAUGGUUUUGAUUUUUUUUUUUUAAUAUGAGUGACUGAAACUCAGAGCUAGUCCUCCUUCUAGAUCUCUUUAUCCAAUAAAGAUGACUGCAUGUAGGAAUUUUAACU